GCUAGGCCGAGCAGCGCAGCGCUGCGCUGCGAAGUCAAGGCCGCUGGGACCCGUCAGAGACCCGUCGCCGCCGGCGCCUUUGCCGUUGCAGCCAUCCCUCUCAUCCCUGCCCGCUUUUCCAACGGUCUCCUUCCGCAUCGCCGUGUCAAAGCUGCAGCACCUUCGAUAACAGCUAAGUGGUCAUUUCGGGACUUGGGGCUGGGAGUCUGGGCGGGAGCUAGGCGCGGGCAGCACAGCCAGCGCGCCAUCUCCUGCAGCAACCGCCACUGCUGCAGACACCCCUCCCGGGCGGGAGAGAACACUAUCCAGAGGCCCACGCCGUCCCAGCACCCAAGGUUAGAGUUAGAGCGUUUCUACCGAGCGCUGGUGAGAUCCUGGUGCUUAGUGAAGGGAGAGUCAGAGAUCACGAAAUAAGAUCUCGUAUUGGAUAGUGUUGGCUUUUUCUCAGCUUAAUCGGACAAGUGGCAGCUUUGCCAAGCCUCCGUAAACCCCGAACCAUGUCACCCCCAACCGUGCCUCCAAUGGGUGUAGAUGGUGUGUCCGCGUACCUGAUGAAGAAAAGGCACACCCACAGGAAGCAGCGGCGCAAGCCCACUUUCCUCACUCGGAGGAACAUCGUAGGCUGCCGCAUUCAACACGGCUGGAAGGAAGGCAACGAGCCGGUGGAGCAAUGGAAGGGGACAGUGCUCGAGCAGGUUUCUGUGAAGCCCACUCUCUACAUCAUCAAAUAUGACGGCAAAGAUAGUGUGUAUGGGCUAGAACUGCACCGAGAUAAGAGAGUUUUAGCACUCGAGAUCCUUCCUGAGAGAGUGCCAACUCCUCGCAUUGAUUCGCGCCUCGCAGAUUCCCUGAUUGGCAAGGCAGUGGAGCAUGUUUUUGAGGGGGAACACGGCAAGAAAGAUGAAUGGAAAGGCAUGGUCCUGGCACGAGCCCCCGUGAUGGACACUUGGUUUUACAUCACCUACGAGAAAGAUCCGGUACUUUAUAUGUACACGCUGCUGGAUGACUACAAAGAUGGUGACCUGCGCAUCAUUCCAGAUUCCAACUACUAUUUCCCUACAGCUGAGCGGGAGCCUGGAGAAGUGAUUGACAGCCUCGUGGGCAAGCAGGUGGAGCAUGCCAAAGAUGAUGGGUCCAAGAGAACCGGCAUUUUCAUCCAUCAAGUGGUGGCCAAGCCAUCUGUCUACUUCAUUAAGUUUGAUGAUGAUAUUCACAUUUAUGUCUAUGGUUUGGUGAAAACCCCUUAAAUUCAUUGUGUGUGUUUUGCAAAAUUUGUGGAACUAUUAAAUGUAAAAUAUGUCGUGUUAUUGUAAUUGUACUUUUGAGAACAGUUUUGGUGUCAGAGAGUCAGAAAUUUAUUAUUACUUAUUACUUACUGUGCCUCUAAAUCUUAUACAUUGACUAGUUCCACAGUUUUGCCCAAGUGUACUUUGGUACCUAUGAUAUUGCCUUGUUCUGUAAUUGAAAAAUUUAAAGUGGGUGCUCAUAGAAAAUUGAAAAGUGUUCAUUACCAUUGGAACAAUGAAAAACUAAAGAAAAAUUAAUGGUGUAACCCCUCACCAUAUCCUUCCCCUCUUUUCCCUUACCUUCCUUCUUUCUUCUCCUCAGAUAACAAGUGGUAAGAACAUAAUGCAUGCCCUACAUUUUUUCCAAUCCUUUUACAAAAAGUUUGUUGCAGUUGUUUCUGAAAAAAUGACAAGCCACAUCAUUUCUUUGUCAUUGCUUUUCUUAAUCCCUUCUGACCAGUAGCUGCAGAUAUUCUCCAUCUCCCUCCAUUUAUCUAUCCUUCUUUCCCUCCCCACCUUUCCCUCUGGAAUUUACUUUUUUUAUAUAAAGGUUCAAUUAUACAUUUUGUUCACAUUGGAUACCUGAUCAUGCCAUUACAUUUAUUAAAUACAUCAUCCAUUUCCCUCUCACUCAGGAAUUUAUUUUUGUAUAUGGUAUAUGAUAGAGAUUUAACUAUACAUUUUGUUCACAUUGGAUACCUGAUUGUGCCAGCACAUUUGUUAAAUAAAUCACCCAUUCUCUCUCUCUCUCUCUCUCUCUCUCUCUCUCUCUCUCUCUCUCUCUCUCUCUCUCUCUUUCUCUCUCCUCUCUCUCUCUUCUCUCUCCUCUCUCUCUCCUGCCUCCAACAACUGCAUACACAGUACAUAUUUAUUAGCCGCUCAAUACAUACUAGUGCUUUUAUUUCUAUAGGGUUGAUUCCUAGAAAUGGGAUUGCUAGGUAGGCUUAUAUUUAAUUUUAAAAGGUACUGCAAAAGUACCAUCUAAAAUGAAAGUUCUUAUUUUCCAGCAUCCUCUCCAGCACUCUUUAAUUUUUACAAAUUUGAAAGGCAAAAAUUUGUUUUAUUGUUUCUUUAAUUGGCAAACUCAAUGAGGUUUUCUGUUUGUUGGUUUGUUUUUAGGGGGAGUUGUUUGUUUCACUUUUUGGACUUUUCUCUUUUGUGAUUUGCCGGUAUUUAUCCUAUGUUCAUUUAUCUAUUGAAUCUUUAAUCUUUUCCUUAUAAAUUUGUGAGAAUUCUUACUAUAUUUACUAUAUGGUGCAUAUUAAUCAUUUGUAGCCCAUAUGUGUUAUGAUUUUUCUAUCCUAUCAUUAAUCUUAACUUUAUUGAUGGUAUCUUUUACUUUUCAGGUUUUAAAAAAGUUUUAGAUAAACUACUUUCUCCUUUUUAGUUUUUUGGGGUUUUUUUGUUUUUUUGUGUGUGUGUGUGUUUUUUUUUGGUUUGCUGUCUUUUUUCAGAUGAAUGUCCCAACCCCAAGUCAUACAAAUAUACACCUGCAUUUUUUUUUUUUCUAAAUAGUUAAGGUUUCACUGUUUGAUCCAACUGGAAAUUCUUUUGCAUAUGGUAUAAAAUAGAUGGCCAACUAUACAUGUUGUUUACAUUGGGUAACUGAUGGUACUAUCACAUUUAUUUUAAAAAUACAUUUUCCAAUUUCUGACCCAGGUCACAUUAUUUUAACUAUAGUGGCUUAACCUGAAUUUUGGACUCUGGUAAAGCAAGUUACCGCUCAUUAGUUUUUUUUCUUCUUCUUUUAUAUAACUUGUCUUAGCCAUUCAUUCUUUUAUAUGAAAAUUAAAGGCAUUCUUUCCACAUUUAAAAAAAUGAAUAUCUUAGAAUUGUAUUACAUUUUUAUAUAUUUAGAGGGUUAUGUUAAUAAUAUUAAUCUUUAACAUUCAAGAGUUUGGGUACAUCAUUAAAAUCAUUUGGUUUUGAUUUUGUAAUGUUCUUCAUCUAGGUCCAUCAUAGCAGAUUAAAUUUAUUUCUAAAUAUUUUUACAGUUUUUGUCACAUUUUGACAUUCUGAAUGGGUAAUUUUCUCCUGCUCAUUUAUAACUUGUUAUUUUUGCCAAUAUAGACAAACUAUAUAUCUUUUUUUAUUUUUAUUUUUUUAAUCAGCUUACUAAAUCUUGUAAAUUACACUGGGUUUUUUAAAUAGAAUAUUUUUGACAUUCUAGAUAUAAUUAUUUCACCUGCAAAUAAGGAAAUUUUAUUUUUCUAAUGUUUAUAUUGAUUAUUAUUACAUUUGCUGGAUUCUCUAAAACAGUGUUGAAUAAUGACCAUGGCAGACUUGCCCAUCUGGUUCUUAAUUUUUAUGGAAUUUUCUUUAGUAUUCCCUGUUAAUAUGACAUUUGCUUUUGGUUAUUGGUAAAUAGUCAUUAACUACUAACGUGUUUAGGGAGUUGCUUCUAUUCUUGUUAUUUAAAGCAUUAUUAUUAAAAAUGUCUCAUGAAUUUUAUCAAAUGUCUUUUCAGCAUCUAUUGAUAAAAUUUUAGGACUCUUCCCUUUAAAUUGUUAACAUAUUGAAUUAGAGUGAUAGGAAUUUGAUGUUGAACCAAACUUGUAUUUCUGGAAUAAAUCCUACUUGGUCAUGCAUAGUGGAAUAAUCAUAUGAUAUAUUGCUGAAUUUUAUUUACCAAUGUUUUAUUUAGAAUUAUUGCAUUUUCAUUUCAAAGUGAAAUUUUGUUUUUUUUUCCUUUUUGCACUGUCUUUAUCAAGUUUUUUAAUUAAAAUUGUGCUAGCUUAGAAAAUUAGUUGAUGAAUUUUCAAUAUUUUCCUGUUGUCUGGAAUAUUUUAAAUAGCAUUAGAAUUAUUUGUUCUUUAAAAAUUAGCUAGUACUAAGUUGUAAAAUAAUCUAAGCCCAGUGACACUUUUGAUGGUAGAUCCUUAAUCAGCUUUCUUAAUUCUUCAAUGGUAAUUAGUUUAUUUAAGCCUCCUAUUAAAACAGAAUGUAUAUUCUCUGUGAAAUACAAAGUUAAAGUUUUAUCUAUUAUCAUGCUUCUCAAUUGUGUUAUUUAGAUGUUUUAUGUACUUGUGUGUUGCAUAUGCAUAUGUCCUAGAUAUAUUCAAUUCUGAAAACAUUAUAAUAAAGUCAUAAGCUAUAAUGGUA